AUGUAAACUGCUGUCACUGUACCAUUGCCAACUGCUCCUCCUGCUUAAGUAAAUGUCUAAAAAGUAUUUACGAGAGUACCUUAUAAUCCUAGACAACCUCCUAAAAGAAUUAUAUAAUAACCAAAUAAACCAAGUUUGUAACCACCAAUAGGCUGA